GGCUCCACCGCCCGGGAUGGUACGGUCCGGCAGCCGGGCCGCGCGCUGCCGCCCCUCGGUGAGCUGGUGUGGGCCGCCGCUAGCGGAGACGACCCUUUCCACUCGCGUGGUGCCGUGAUAAGCCUCGUCCCUCGCCCGCCGCCUGUUUUCAGGCGUGGCGUCUCGUCCGGUCCUUGCUCCCCCUCCCUGCAGCGCUCAGUGGUGGUGGCCGCGACGAGUUCCGGUUCCGGUUGCUGCCGCCGCUGGCGGGCGGCGAGUCUGGAGAGAGCGCGCAGUUCGCGCCGCGGCUCGGCGCUUCCCUGUCGUCGCACUUUGUGGUUGCUGCAGCUCGGGGGCCUGGGCUGCCCCUGACUCCCCUUUUGGGCGAUGGUGCAGCCCGAGGGCGCCUCCAUCCCCCGCCGCUGCCGCUAACCCGGGUCCCCCACUCCAUGGCCGCCUCGGCGCCGCCCCCACCGGACAAGCUGGAGGGAGGUGGCGGCCCCGCACCGCCCCCUGCGCCGCCCAGCACCGGGAGGAAGCAGGGCAAGGCCGGUCUGCAAAUGAAGAGUCCAGAAAAGAAGCGAAGGAAGUCAAAUACUCAGGGCCCUGCAUACUCACAUCUGACGGAGUUUGCACCACCCCCAACUCCCAUGGUGGAUCACCUGGUUGCAUCCAACCCUUUUGAAGAUGACUUCGGAGCCCCCAAAGUGGGGGUUGCAGCCCCUCCAUUCCUUGGCAGUCCUGUGCCCUUCGGAGGCUUCCGCGUGCAGGGGGGCAUGGCGGGCCAGGUACCCCCAGGCUACAGCACUGGAGGUGGAGGGGGCCCCCAGCCACUUCGUCGACAGCCACCCCCCUUCCCUCCCAAUCCUAUGGGCCCUGCUUUCAACAUGCCCCCCCAGGGUCCUGGCUACCCACCCCCAGGCAACAUGAACUUUCCCAGCCAACCCUUCAACCAGCCUCUGGGUCAAAACUUUAGUCCUCCCAGUGGACAGAUGAUGCCGGGCCCAGUGGGGGGAUUUGGUCCCAUGAUCUCACCCACCAUGGGACAGCCUCCCAGAGCAGAGCUGGGCCCACCUUCUCUGUCCCAACGAUUUGCUCAGCCAGGGGCUCCUUUUGGCCCUUCUCCUCUCCAGAGACCUGGUCAGGGGCUCCCCAGCCUGCCGCCUAACACAAGUCCCUUUCCUGGUCCGGACCCUGGCUUUCCUGGCCCUGGUGGUGAGGAUGGGGGGAAGCCCUUGAAUCCACCUGCUCCUACUGCUUUUCCCCAGGAGCCCCACUCAGGCUCCCCGGCUGCUGCUGUUAAUGGGAACCAGCCCAGUUUCCCCCCGAACAGCAGUGGGCGGGGUGGGGGCACUCCAGAUGCCAACAGCUUGGCACCCCCUGGCAAGGCAGGUGGGGGCUCCGGGCCCCAGCCUCCCCCAGGCUUGGUGUACCCAUGUGGUGCCUGUCGGAGUGAGGUGAACGAUGACCAGGAUGCCAUUCUGUGUGAGGCCUCCUGCCAGAAAUGGUUCCACCGUGAGUGCACAGGCAUGACUGAGAGCGCCUAUGGGCUGCUGACCACUGAAGCUUCUGCCGUCUGGGCCUGCGAUCUCUGCCUCAAGACCAAGGAGAUCCAGUCUGUCUACAUCCGUGAGGGCAUGGGGCAGCUGGUGGCUGCUAACGAUGGGUGACGUUGGUGAAGUGGCCCAGGGAAGUGCACAUGUCUCUCCCUGCUCUUCCAGGGUGAUUUUUUUGAUGUUUGGCUCUUGGUCCUUGUUUCCACUGGCUUUCCAUCCCCAUGGGGCAGAAACAGUGGCUCCUGGGAGCAGAAAAGGAAUUGAGGUGGGCAGGCAGAAGAGCCUGGAUUGCUCACUUUUUUGGGAAACUUACAUGUUGAGAUCUACAGAGAUCCAGGAAACCAAAGCCCUGCUGAGCAGAGCCAUUUUGUGGCUAUUUCUGGAGGCCCAGGAGUGUGGCUGCAAGAGAAAAGGGGCUGAAGGAAGAUCCGGAGGGCAGGGGUGUUCCCUCUGCUGAUGAUGGAUGCCCCUAACACCUGUGCCUAACACCCCUACCGAACCCCACAGCUCCAGCCUUAGUUUUUGGAGUCAAGUGUUAAAGGUUUCUGGCCAGAGGAAUUGGGGUCUUGCCAUCCCUGCAAUAGCCCUUUUAUGGGCUCUGGGAGACAGCUUUAGGGAAUAAAUGGGGAUUUUCCCCUUUUUCUACCCACUCCUUUGCUUCCUCCAAGACUUACCCAACUCCUUCCCCCUCAGAGAACCAAAUAGCCUGAGGAAGCAGGAGAGUUCCUGGUUAUGGCAGUUUCUUGGUGAUUUGGGGCUUCAAGACAGUAGGUGAGAGAUGCUGUCAGGAUGUUUCUUCUUCAUACCAAAGUCACUGGUCCUUUCUCAGCCUCUCUCGUGCUUUUCUCCUAAUGACCAUAUUUUUGCCAAAAAUUGGGAUAUGUUAUCUGACAGACCAGAAUAUUUGAAGUUUGGGCUGUCCUGAAAGUCUGGACUUUGGUGGUACCCUCCUCCCCCAGCCCAUCUGUUGCACAUUAUACUCCGUGUGUUCUUCAACUUUCGGCGCCCUUAUUCCCCUGCCUUCCUGGCUUGAUUGAAGGAAAGCUUGAAAAGGCGCAGAGCCCUAUACCUCAUUUCCUCCAUGAUAAAAGGAUCCAAGUGAGGCCCUGUCACAGCCUGUGGGUAGGGGAUGCGGUGGGAUCCUCAUUGCCAUGGUAGUCAAAGGUAGAAGAGCCUGGAGUUUGUUGCUUCUCUUUGCUAUUCUUUCAUAUCCUCUUGGGCCUGGUGAUUAAUUAGCAAUUCUCAUUCCUCUCAGCCAAAGGCCUGCACUGGGCUUUAUUUGUCUUUUUUUAUUUUUUAAGCACUGCCUGCCAGAGAUGGGCCUGGGGCCUGAUGAGGACCUUAGCGCUGCUCGUUCUUUUCUGUUCAUGCACACAUUCCUCCGUGGGGUGGGGAAGGCAGGCAUGGGGUGUGGCCCUCGGAGAAGUUAGGGGUCCCCCAGCUCAAGAUACAGUGGCAAAGACCUAGUGGUCCCCUACCCCCACUUCUCUCAGUUCCUGGCAUGAGGAGAGAAGACCCUGCUCUGGUGGAGCUGACAACCUUUGAGGCUGGGAGGAGAGCAGCCUCUGGGCAUCGUUCCCAGUGUACCCCACACUAAAAAGGCGUAGAUGGCAACCCCCCACCCCCACCCCGCUGCUCAACUCUUGUGUUUGUUGUUCUGUUUGCCCCAUUUAUCUGUUGCUGUUUUUGUGUUGUCUUCCCCUGCUCCGCAUUUUGUGAAAUGGCCCCUGGGGGAGUGUCUUUGCUGGAUCUGCUCCCUCUCGCUCUCUCACUCCACUACUUUUUGGAACAAAGUGAUGGCAGAAUGCGGUGGUGGUGGGGGUCUUUUGUACUGUUGGAUUAAUAAAAAUGACUUUAAAAUCCCA